AUUCGCGCCGGAUUUUGACAGUUUAGAGUCUGCAGCGAGAAUUCACGUGAAAAAAACUGUGCGACAUGACUCACAACGAGAGAUAGCAGAAAAAUUGUUAUCGACACUUCAGAAACAAUAGCGUCUGAUAUAGGUAUCGCGAGAUUGCAAGAUAAAAAAAACACAACAACAGAAAACUACCACACACACGUGUUCGACAAAGAGACACACUGGCAUUCCACAAGUGUUUGCUCGAUGUUUGCAACAUACAUCAUUGUUGCUGUUGUAAUCACGUUUUUGUUCACUUUGAUAAAAUUCACGAUUGAUGAGUGGUUUGGAAAUUCAAGCAUGGAAAAACAAGGGAGAUUAUCCUUGAAGCGCAUUCACUGUGAAACCUAUUCUGCAAGUGAAAAAUACAACAUGCCAGAUGUGUCGAAUGACGAGAGUUUUGAUUUGAAGAAAGAAAACAGUGCAAACGUAGCAAAUACGGACACGAUCAAUAAAUCAAAUAACAUAGCAGAUCCUUUAAACGUGGCAUGCAAUUUGGAAUGUGUUCAUGACAUAUCGGAUGACCUGAGUACCAGUGAAGAUGGUAUUGCAAGUGAAGAGAGUCCUGAAAAAAAGACACUUCAAACGACUAUGUUUAAUUGGCAUCAUAAACCAAAACAUCUUGGUACAAAACCCAGCACGAGUAGAUAUUGGACUGAAGAAGCCUCGCAUGGGUUGGGAUUCAACAAGAAAGUUCCUAAAGAAGCAAGUAACAAAAAACAAAAGUUUACAAGUGAAGUGAUAAACUUGGAUGACGACGAUGAUGUAACAAGCAUCAGUUCCAAGGAGGCAGAUUUGCCGCCACAAGUUGCAAUACAACAUGAUAUUAUGAUUGCUGGAACCAAGGUCAAAUUUCCUGCCAAGCCGUAUCCGUGUCAAAUAGCAGUGAUCAACAGUCUCAUUCAAGGGUGCAACAAAGAGCAGAACUGUCUUCUAGAAAGUCCCACUGGGAGCGGAAAGACACUGGCGCUUCUCUGCGGAGUGUUGGCGUGGCAGGAUCAAUAUGAAGAGAAACUUGAGAGAGAGACAAAGCUGCAGAACAACGAAAUGGACGUGGAUAAAUCGUGCGGCAACAACAACGGUUCCGUCGACAAUUUCUUCCUAAACUCAUCGCAAUACUUCGACGAACGCGUCGAUAAAACCUCGGACGUUUUAAAAGAAAAACUGCCGCAAAAAGUGCCGAAAGUAUAUUACGGAACGCGAACGCACAAGCAACUCGAGCAGGUAAUCAGAGAAUUCAGGAAAACCGCGUACAGAUACAAAAGCAUGACUGUAUUGAGCAGUCGAGAUCACACGUGCAUUCAGGAAACCCGCAGGAACAAAACCGAGUUGUGCAACGAACUGCUUGACCCGCGCAAGUCCAGCAGAUGUCCGUUUUACAACGAGCGCAGUAAAAAGAACAUGCACGUGUUCGAAACACGACUACCGACGCCUUGGGACAUAGAGGAUUUGGUUACGUUGGGUGAAGAGAACACGGUCUGUCCGUAUUUCGGCGCGAGAUAUUUGAUGCCUCUGGCGGAAAUCAUCUUUUGUCCGUACAACUACAUCGUGGAUCCGGACAUCCGCGAGAGCAUGCAGAUCAAUCUGAAAGGCAAUAUUGUGAUCCUCGACGAGGCUCACAAUAUCGAGGAUGUCUGUCGGGAUGUCGCCAGUGUGAAUAUUACCAACGACAAUCUUGCGAACGCCAUCACAGAUUGCGAAAAUGUUCUCGGAACUCUAAACAAAAAAUUGAAACAAAACGCACCGUACAAUGAAGAUUACAUCGCUUACAUGACUAUUUGGGAGUAUCUCGGCGACAUGGCGAAGUUACUGAAAAAUUUUGUGGUCAAGGAAAAUGGCAACUCGCAAGAUCUCGUCAGCGAUUGUUGGCGCGGUUCUGAAUUUCUGGAACUGUUCAAUAUAAGUAACCUCGGACGCUCCAGAUUUCCCGCUGUCCUCCAAGCCAGUAAACUGGCUAUCGCGAAUUUUGACAAAGCGAGAGAGGAGAUGACGAACCCUCACGUUUUGCCCACCAUCUCGCACGAUACCAAGAAGAUUCUCGAGCAUCUCUGUUUCGCUAUGCAAAUGCUCAUGUCGGAUAGCGUGGCUGAUGAUUACAGAGUUUACGUUGUGGAGAGCAUGGAACCUAGAAGGACCGUGUCCGAUGACAUUUGGGUCUCAACGAAGAGUAAAAUACGCACCAUGAAGUUUAUGUGCAUGAAUCCCGCUGUGAUUUUCGCGCCUCUGGCCAUGAUCGUUCGUUCUGUGAUACUAGCUUCGGGUACGUUGGCGCCGAUCUCGUCGUUCCAAAGCGAGCUCGGCACACAAUUUCCUCAUGUACUCAAUGCGAAUCACAUUAUACCGAAGGAGCAAGUGUACGUGAGGUGCUUACCAUGUGGACCGAAUCGAAGGACUCUGAUUGCUACUUACGAGCACGUGAAUUCCUGGGUUUUUCAGGACGAGCUCGGUGAUCUGAUCCUUCAAGUGUGCAACGCGAUGCCGUACGGCGUGCUAUGUUUCUUUUCCUCUUAUCACGUAAUGAGCAUGUUUUACAACAGAUGGAAGAACAACGGCAUGAUAAGGAAACUAUCGGAACUCAAGGAAAUUUUCACAGAGCCGAGAGACAACAAGGAUCUGCCGUGCAUGAUGAGAAACUAUCGCGACGUAAUUAAAAAGUCGUCUUUGAAAUCUUAUCGGGAAACAUCCGGAGCGAUUUUGUUCGCGGUUUUCCGGGGAAAAGUCGCGGAAGGGAUCGAUUUCAGCGACAAUGAGGCUAGAUGCGUGUUAACGGUCGGCAUACCGUACAGCAACAGGAACAAUACUGAUGUAUCGAUGAAGAUAGCGUACAAUGACGCAAAUGCUGCGAAAGGAUUGCUCUCAGGUAAAGAGUGGUACACUGUGAACGCGUUCAGGGCCUUGAAUCAGGGAUUGGGUCGUUGCAUCAGACAUGUAAAGGAUUGGGGCGCGGUGUUGCUAGUGGAUGAAAGGUUUCAGAGGUCGCAGAAUGUUAGCUAUUUGCCAAAAUGGAUUAAAGAAAGGCGAAUACACAGUGCGAAUUACGAUCUUCAAACAGAACUUGAAGAUUUCGUAGCUCUGCAAGCUGCGCGUGAAAGAGCAGAGAAUGAAUUAAUAGAUUAAAUAUUUUACAUGUGUAUAUAUAUAUAUAACUAACAAAGCUAAGUAUAAACUUUUUUUUUUAUUAAAAAAAUU